ACUGUCGAGCGCGUGCAGAAGCAGUUGGGUGACAGUCACGACCGGACACAUCAAACGAGGAUAAAGAGUCCCAAAAGAUCUCACAGCUGAGGGAUCACUGUCGUCUCUGAGCUGCAGAGGACAGCAUCUGACAAGCAGAACCAGUGAGGAUCAGCGGCCCGGAAGCCGGAAGAGGGAGAAACUAUUCAGUCGCUGUUGUUGAGAGGAGAAAAUGGCAAAGAGAGGAGCUCAGCUGGACGCAGAAAAGUUCUCUUGCUCCAUCUGUCUGGAUCUCCUGAAGGAUCCGGUGGCAGUUCCCUGUGGACACAGCUACUGCAGUGACUGUAUUAAAAGACACUGGGAUGAACAGGAGGACAGCGGAUUCUACAGCUGCCCUCAGUGCAGGAAGAGGUUCAGGCGACGGCCAAAACUGAAGAAAAACAUCCUGUUGGCAGAGUUAGUGGAGGAUCUUAAGAAGACUGAACUCCAAGUUGCUGGACCUCAAGAUGUGUCCUGUGAUGUUUGCUUUGGGAGGAAGCUGAAAGCCGUCAAGUCCUGUCUGGUCUGUUUGGCCUCUUACUGUGAGGAACACCUCCAACCUCACUAUCGAUCUGCUGCUUUUAAGAAACACAGGCUGCUGGAGCCCUGCAUGAAAAUCCAGGAGAAGAUCUGCUCUCUUCAUGAUGAAGAGACGGAGAUUUUCUGUCUCACCGAUCAGCAGAGUAUCUGUUACCUCUGCACCAUGGACCAACACAGAGGCCAUGAAACAGUCCCAGCUGCAGCAGAGAGGAGGCAGAAGCAGAAGGAGCUGGAGGAGAGUCGACUAAACGUCCAGCAGGGAAUCCGGGAGCGAGAGGAAGCUGUGAAGCGGCUUGAGGGGCGGAUGGAAGCCGUCAAUUUGGAAGCUGAUGAAGCAGUGGAGGAGAGCGAGUUGCACUUCAACGACAUGAUCCGUCUCAUCCAGGAUAAGAGUAGUGAGGUGAAACAGCAGCUCAGAUCCCAGCAGCAAACUGCAGUGAGUGAACUCAAAGAGCUUCAGGGGAAAAUAGAGCGAGAGCUCAGUGAGCUGAAGAGGAAAGACGUCCAGAUGGAGCAGCUGGUUCACACAGAGGACCACACCCAGUUUCUGAUCAGCUACCCCUCAGUGUCAGUACUCAGUGAGCUCACACACUCCUACAGCAUAAAGACUGCUUAUCUAGAAAACUUUAUGGAUGUGCCAGUAGGUGUGUCAAACACCGUGGACGAACUACAGGAAAUCCUCCUACAGAACAUCACAGUGAAAACCACUAAACAGCAGUUGGUACCGCUACGCCCACAGCCAGAGACCAGAGAAGACUUCUUACAAUACUCACAGAAGAUCACACUGGAUCCAAAAUCUGCACACAGAGAGCUGUUAUUAUCUGACAAGAAGAGAAAAGUAACUUAUACGGAAGAAGCUCAGCCUUAUUCUUAUCAUCCACAAAGGUUCAGGAGGUACCUUCAGGUUCUGAGCAGAGAGAGUCUGAAUAACCGUCAUUACUGGGAGGUGGAGGUGAGAGGAGAAGGAGUUUUUGUCGCAGUAACUUACAAGGACACCAGCACAGCAGGGGGCUACACUGAAUGUGGGUUUGGAUCAAAUUCCAAAUCUUGGGCUUUAUUUUGUGAUGCUGCCAGUUUUAAAUUUCAGCACAACAAUAAACUAACUCCCGUCUCAGGUCCCUGGUCCUCCAGAGUGGGAGUGUACCUGGAUCACACAGCAGGUGUUCUGUCUUUCUUCAGCGUCUCUGAAACCAUGACUCUCCUCCACAAAGUCCAGACCGCCUUCACUGAGCCGCUACACGCUGGAGUUUGGCUUUAUCCUGAAGAAGGAGAUUGUGUAGAGUUCCUGAAGCCUCAGUAGAGGACUUCCAUCAGAUCUCCUUGUUUUCUGAAGGAGCCUCCACAUUUUCUGAGCUGAGACGUUGAACAAACAGAUGGUCGGCCGUCUUCUCAGAGACUUUCUACAUAGACAAAAGGAUGUGAGACAAGUGUGGAGAGACAGAAAGGAUCUGAAUUAGUGGAGACAAUCAUGGAGCUGCAGCCAUCAGUCUCCUUACUGAUGCUUUUCUAACAGUUGGACUCAUUUUUAAAGCUGUCUCCACCUUUUACCACAGGAUUUUCUUCUUCAUGGACGUUGCAGCUUUUCCAGCUUUGGGGGACGUUUAACAAAGAUUUGGGGCUUUUUACAUGAUUGUGUUGAUGAAUCUUUCUGUUUUGCUGAUUUUGUUUUUUCUGUGGAUUUACUAGUGACAAGGAAGCUGAUAGUUUUGGGUUUUGGGAUCUUCUUCUGGCACCAAGUUGCAGUGAAUUUGAUUCGAUUAGCUGGAAAUGUUUGAUCAACUACAAAAACAUAUUAAGCACAUUAAGGGUCUUCAUUUUUGCCAAUUGAGUUUUAAACUGUUUAAAUACUAACCUUGUUCACAGUUAAAGAACAGUUGAAGUUUUCAUUCAGUUUUUAAUAGUUAGAAUUGGUUUAUUGGUGUAAAUUAAAUUCAUCUCUGUGUUUUGAUUUUGAAGUAUUUCACUUAUGAUCACAGGUUUUCCUUCAUUUAUUAUUUUCUCAACGAUGAGAACAGUUCAGAGCUUGACAGUUUUGUUCAUGAAGCUCAUGGAGAAAAUGUUCAGUAUUUACAAAAACAUGAAGAAAACAUUGGCUGAGAAGAUGUAUCCACACUUUUGACGGGUACUGUUUAUAUUCAUUUGCUUAUGUUUGUCUUUGAGCCUCAUGGUGUAAAUGAGAACCGGUUCUCAGCUGACCUACCUGGUACAUUCAAGGUGAAGUAAAAAUUGUGAAUUUUCACAAAAGAUUUUGAUCAAGUUUAAGAACUCAUCCUGAAACUGCUCAUGAAGACAAUUUUUCAUCAGUUUUUAUAAUAAAAAUAUUGGA